AGUGACAUUCACACAGGUGACAGUUCAUUGAAUUGAGAGAAUAAUUAUUAAUUUCACGUUGCUGAUUGUGUGUGCAUACUGUAUUGUUUAUAUUAAAGUUCAACCGGCUUUCAAAAAUAACUGUGUGUUUUCUUAUAAUCAAAUCUAAGUUUUUCUACUUUUAUGAAUUUUUUGAAUAGUAUGGGAAUGAUUAAAUGUCAACAUGAACAGCUGAUCAUAACACAUCAAAUUAAAUUAGUCGAUUUCGAUACAAAGGUGCCUUGUUAAUAGUUAUUACUUACUAUGCUUAAUAAAAUUUAAUUAUUAUACCAUAUAAAAUGUUGUUAUCGGUGAUUAAGUGUAAACUUGUUUGUGUUUUUAUAUUAUUCACGGUAAAAAGCUGCAACGGUCUAAAUGCCACAACAAUCGUCCUGAACAAAACUCUGACAUGGGAAAACAAAGAACUGUACAACAGUUUUAUAAUUCUCAAUGCAAAUUCCACACUGCAAGUGGACUGUGUGAAUGAAAAUUUGAAUAUUUCAUUUAUAACCUUCCAAGUUCACAGUCACUUGUAUAAUAUAACUUUGUAUAACACAACCAAUGUCUAUGGUUCUUAUGUAUAUGGUACCAAUGUGGGAUUAUACAGCAGUGUUAUACCGAAAAUUGAUACGUUUUUUAUCAUGAACCAAAAUGAAAUCGAUCUUCGAGUAUACAUUUCUGUGCAUGGAUAUGAUAAAUAUGACCCUAUACCCGGUGGCUGCAACAUGGAGUUCCCAGUGCCCAUUUCGCCUUCCCUCCGAACGAAAUAUACCUCAGAUUAUAUUCUAGUCGAUGCAGCACCAGCGAAAGACCCCAUAGAUGACGAAUGCAACACUACUGAUAAAUUAGUGAUGCUAUUUUACAAAAUGUACUUGCCAGAACAAAAUUUCGAUACAAUUGUUUACUUUGAGGGUAUUCGACAAAUGAUGACUUUGGAAUAUAUUCAGAGUUAUGGGGAAUACGUCCCUGACAACGGUCUGCACAAUAGACGAAUGCUAAGCGCGUACCCAGGCGUGGGGUCUGUAUACGUUGCGAUAGCGUUCAGUGUUGCUAACACUAGCGCCUAUUCGGUGUAUGUACCCACAUAUAGUUAUGCUUGUGAUCCCUUGAUUGACGGCGAUUGUGAAGUUUUCGAUGACGCUCUCUCGCAAUUGCUCUGUGCAUGUCUGCUUUUUGUUGGACUGUUUGUCUGCUACUUCGGGCACAGGUUCUUUAAGACGGAAAUGUUUUUAAUAGGCCUUGUGAGUGGCGGUAUUGUGACAUACGUUCUGAUAGCGUUGAUGGCCGAUUUGACCAGACCAGCUCUUCUGGGAGCAUCGUUACUAUCGGGCCUGUGUUUUGGCGCCAUAUGGUUGUUGUUCUGGUGGUUCUACGGCAUACCAGUGCUGGCUGUGUUCCUGGCAACCCUCAAUGUUGGCUUCUUGUUCUCUGCUAUCAUUUACUAUGGAUUGCCAGGUGGCCUCGUAGCUCUCGAAUCGGAUGUCAACUUCUGGACUCUCUUCAUAUGCAUCAUGCUCAUAACAUCCCUUCUUCUUGUGUCUAUGACGUUUCUCUCGAACAUUCUAUGCUGCGCCAUACUCGGCGCGUACGCAGUUAUAUACUCUAUGGACUACUACUUAGGGUCCAAUUUGAAGUACAUAGUCAUCAAUACGAUUCGACGCGCCGUGGUGCCGAAUUUCAAUAGGGCUGUGUUGUCGCCGCCUUUUGAGUGGAACGAUUCUCUCAUAUCACUUCUCUGGAUAGCGUUGGUGAUAUCUGGAUUCCUAUUCCAACAUUUCCACAACUAUGGCAGACCACCGUUUCCGCCACCACCCAGGAGCGUCAGACCCAGCAUGCCUAGGUCUAUGUAUGGCACCGCGGGUCUUAGGACUGGAAGGAGUCCCCGCAUAUCUCGUCAACCCAGAAGCACAGUCAUCAGUGAGCGAUCUUCUUUAUUGGCGUAAAGAUACAAUUAAAAUUACCCUCAGCAUUCCAGUAUUGAUAUUUAAAUUCUAUGAUAAAAAAAAUAUCCGAUUUAAGAACAUUGUAUUUUCCCAUAACAGUCUCUUUCUAUCAGAUGUGUUUUACUUAAGAGUGAGAGAGAUGCCUAUAAAGAUUCUGCGCAGACGCGAUUUUUUCGAUACCUUAAUUAUUCCUUCCCUUUUUUGUAUUUAAAAAAACACAGUGCAUCCGAUGCAAUUACACUGAAAGGCGUAAAUCUUAAUGAAAAUAGGAAUUGAUUUUUUUUUAAUAAU